GAGGGUGCGAGUAUGGCGUCAGGUCGCGAUUCACCGAGCCUCUCCACCGUCAUUUCAGGACUUCAUUUGAUUUUUACACUCACGUCAGUCGCUUUUCUCUCCUACAAAGUUUUUAACUUGGAGAAUGAACUUUCAUUAAUUCGAAGAGAAGUGCCUACGCAAGCAGACCGAGAAUCCAGUAAUGUUGGGAGAGACGUCAACGCAACUCCUCUAACCAGAGUUCAGGGUAUCAAAGAUCAGGAGCAAAGAAGUGAACGAGACCGCAGGGCCGGAAAGAGGAAAUCCGAAUCAUCAGCAGCCGACAAACUCAAAGUAGUAUGUGUUCAGAAAUUGCUCAGCAAUCUUCAGGUUUGUAGCGUUCCUUUGUUUUUCGUAUUUUAAGGUGGGGAAAGAAAAUGCAAAUCGCCGACUGAGGUCCAUUACAAACAACUUGGUUAUCGAACUGGUCACUAAACCGAUAACACAUUUAAAAACGGAAAUACGCACUCUUUGUUUCUUAGUUUUUACGUUGCCAAUUUCUUAUAGAAAUACCAAUGGUUAAACUACGCACGAGCGUUUUUAAAUUAAUGACUGAAUCUGCAUUAUAAGUGCGACCCCGAUGUAAAAUGAGAUUGUUGCGUUCGAAGAAGGAGAACGCAGUCUAUUCUUCAAGGCGCGGUUACCAAUUUCGUAGCGCGGCUACCAAGCAUGUACAGGCGCUUUCUGCCAGAUUCUUCACAUUCCUUUGGUUGGUUUUGCGAGACACUUGUCGGCCAUAAUGUUCUUCAAAUGCGACGAAAUGAGUUAAAGUACGGCUUUUACUGUCAAAACCCUGCUUGUUUUUCUCUAAUAUAUCUUUCAAUUCACCGGCAGAACUUCAUGGGCAAAAAAUCUGAAAUACAAUUAAUUUGAUUCAUGACGAUAAUAAUAAUGGUUGCGUAGCGCAUUGGAUAAGCUUUGCCCUAUCACGUCAAAGGUCUCGGGCCCGACUUCCCACCGUUCGCUGUCGUUGUUUUCUUCGUUUUUUUUUGGAAACACAUAGGAAGCGUUUUGGCCAUCAAUCCAUAAUAGGAAAUAAUGUCACAUUUGACAGUAAACCUAAACAAGCUCCAACGCACUUCCUAAGCUGAGAUUACUACUAGUAGUAGUUACGUAUUCCCAAGAGAGAAUUGUGAAUUACAAGGAGAUAGGAUCUCUCGUCUCUAUUCACAGAAGGAUUCCUUUGUUUGUUAGCGAUGGCGCUUGAUGGUAUGGUGCGAUUUUCGUCAAUUAAAACGUCAACAUUAAAAUAAAGAAAAAAAUGUUUUUUUUAAUUAAUUGCAGAAACAAACGUUUUGGAUUACAGCUGACAGUAGUAAAUAAAACUGGAAAGACCUCUAUCGAUAAAACAGCGUUCAGUCCUAAUUUGGAGAAGGGUAUAGGAUUAAUGGCAACGAUUCCUUAGCAAUCUUGUUUUACAGAGAAGGGGGAGAUCUCGAGCUCAGUAGAAUUUGUGACGCUCUUCCAGAACGUAUUAUCUGAGACAUCUAGAAGGCUUAAAACGGGUGUGGCCUCCUUGAGAAAGCCAAAACAAACUGCUCUCCCCUGAAACUUAUCAGUCUUAGAAACAGACUUAUCAUAGCCUACAACACCCAAUACCGAAAUGCCAUUAGUAAAAAGAGGUAUAAUCAGACUAUUGAAUAGAUGGUGUAAAGAGUCUAAAGAGUUUAGACCGUAUAGCCACACUGGCACACUCGUAAUAUAUGCAUACGUCUUCCCGCUUUGCUGAGAAAAGCAUCGAUUUGCUUGUCCCAGUUUUUAGGAUCACUAUGAAAGUAAACACCUAAAAGCUUAAGAAAUACUUCAUCUUUAAUAUCAAAGGUAACAAUGGAGGAAGGUCUUUCCACCUUACCCUUAACAACCAUCCCAUUGGUUUUAGUAAGGUUUCCAGGUUGUUCUGGGCCCAACUAAGUUUGAUUUAAUUCCACUUUUUGGGGAGUUUUGUCCUGGGUUCCCUUAACCAAAACACUUAAAGCUAAGACAUCUGCAAACUUAACCAAAUUGGACUUGUCAGAAUCAACAGCUUGUAUAUCAUUCAACAAUAUAGAAAACGGAUUAGGUCCUAGUAUAGUGCCCUGAGGUACACCCCUAUUUAUCGGCAAAAAAGGAGUCAUGUUACCAUCAACUAUUACUCUUUGUUACCUACUAAAAAAAAUAACAAUCCAAUUUACAAUGUAGGGAUUGAUGGGGGUUGGUGGGUUGAUGUUAUCACCAGUCAGAAUUAGGAGCCUAUUGCCGUCAGAAUAUAAUGAACUGUUGUUAGUAUUGGACAAGAUUUUUUGAAGGAAACUUUCGCUCAGGGAUUGAAGAGCAAAAUAUUCAAGAAAAGAAAUCUUAUACCACGCAACAAUAAGUAUUCGACAUUUUUCUUACUAAAUCCUUUUUAAGGUUGCUAAUGACGUGGUCAAUGGAACUGGAAAAGUCAUCUGUAUGAAAGGUCAGUGCCGCAAAAGGCUUAAAUUGUUUUCUCCUCUUGAUGUGUUAGCUAUUGCUCAGUUCUGUUACGUAAACUUACAGCUAUUAGUAAUUGCUUAGCUGAAAAGUUUGGAAAGGGGAAAUAUAAUUGGUAUAUACAAUACACUGCAAAUAUAAUUAACAAUAUUAUUCCACGAGUACGAGUUGGCUAUAAUCGUCUCAUAUCCAACAAGUGCAAGUGGAAGAAUUUUUUAAUUAAAAACGCCCACAAAAUAUCGAGAAUUCUUCCCGACUUAAUAUGUAAAAACAACCGAUUUUCAGCUUGUUUUAAUUCAGAGCAGACGCGUACAGUUACCAUAUUUGGAGAGCAUGGUAUAAUGGCUCAUAUACCGUGAUGGCUAAGCCAGUCAGAGCUCUAUAAUUGCAUUAUCCAAUGAUUAAGUUCUUAAUAAUUGCAAUUAUUAUUGUAAUAUAAUUGUUUACAAUUGUUUGAACAGUGUUCGAUUUGGUAUUAUGAAAUAACUAAGAUAACUAAGUACGCGCCCUCUGGUUGGCCGAAAGGCGUGUUUGCAUGAGAGUAUGUAACCAUGGUUGUGACGUCAAUGUUUUUUGCUUUUCCCACGGUAAUCACGCUAGCACGAAUUUAAAAAAGGUUUUGAGUUGAAAAGCUCCACAAGUUUACUUUAUUUGCCCAUUUCCUUGUCGGCUGAAACUUGAAAAAGUCAUUUUAUUUAUAGAGAAUUCUCCCAACCCUUCUCGGGUUUAUAUCAGGAUAUGCAAACACGGAAAAUGUUUUCUAUUGCUUGAAGAUAGUCUCUUUACUUAAUUGCUGCAGUAAUUGAUUAACUGACUGUUUUUAAACGCUAAAUGAUUCAUAAUCUUGAAGCAAAUAAAAUAUAGAGAGCAUGAAAAACAAAACGCUUAAUUUGGAGGAACUUGAGAAGGAAACUUCACGGGCUCUUAAAAAUUAGUCCCCUUUUUACAUCACAGCUUCAUUAACUGAUCAGUAGCUUUAGGUAUGUAACAAAACGUCUUAACGUAACUAUGAUAAAUAGCAAUAGCUGUUAUUUACUAAAUAUUUGAUUUAUUACUACUAGCUAGCAAACAAGUGUAAUACGAGUGGUAAUCAUCAGCGACCAUACACUAAAAACUGUUUCAUCCUCUUGCCAUAUAUUGGCACAGGGAUAUUCAGGUCCAGACAUUGACCAUCCUAUAACAAGUCCAACAAACAGUUGUAUGUGAUUUGUAAAAUCUUCAGGUUGACGUUUUUCUAUUAUAAAAUGAAACUGACUUUAUAGGGGUAACACAAUUACCGAAUUUUCAUUGUGACCCACAACGUUAAGAAUCCCAACUGGCCGGAGGCAAACCAGUUCGCGUAUCUACAAGGGUGAUCGAACAGUUAAACUCUGGACCACCAAGAACAAACUCACCUAGCAGUCAUGGCGGGGCCGAUUGAACAACUCCAGCACUCUAAGCGCUUGGCCAAGCUGCCUCCUAUGUAACUGAUUGACUACCAUGAAUGAGCUUUUAAUAAAUCGGGUAAAAUAAAUUCGAUCGUGGUUCGCAUUUCUUAGAUGGUAAGUUAAUGAAUAAUAAUCAGCCGAUGAAAAUAUCUAUACUGCAGGUCCACAGGGUCCACCAGGAGAACCAGGGCCCCCUGGAAAACCAGGGACACCGGGACCUCGUGGUCGUCGAGGUCGUCCAGGAACACCUGGAAAAAACGGCGCUCCAGGUAGAAAGGGCCCUCGAGGAAAACCAUUAAAGAGCCCAGACGUUAAUGUUACCGUGCUUCAAAAGCUUGUCGAACAAUUGCAAACGUCUAAUCAAGCAGAUGUAGCAAUGUUUGGUGAGUAAAAUUGCGAUAUUUACUGUCCUUACUAUACUAAAUUAAUCGUAUGACUGUUGUUGUUGUUGUUGUUGUUCAUGGGAAACAAAGGCGAGUUCAAAAAGAUUUGAAAGAACUCUUAAUUUACAUUUAAAAAAUGAAAAAAGCUAGACAAAGACUUAAGCAGCCGGGAUUGAAUCCGUUUGCGCAGUCCCAAUGAGGUCUUCAGAAUUGUUCCAUGGACAGCAUUUCUUUAACAAGACAGUAAAAUUUGUUCCUGUAUUUUUCAACACUUGCGCUGCCUUAAAGCAACUUAGGAGGUCGUCAGGAACGGCGCCCGCGUAGUGUUUACUUUCAGAACAGUAGCGUACUGUUCAGUGUGGCCAUCCAGUGGACGCGCGUGUAAAGUCAUGCACAGAUUACAUUAAGACUGGUACAUCAUCACACUACUAGCUGUGGCUUGGUCUCACAAAACACAGCUGACGUCAUGGGGUUACGAAAGGUCGGAACAUUAUAUUGUUAGUUUUGACAUGUUUAUUAUUAUUAUUAUUAUUAUUAUUAUUAUUAUUAUUAUCAUCAUCAUCAUCAUCAUUUUGGUUGGAUAUAACAUUUAUUAGUAUUUAAUAGCUCAUUAUAAUGAAUGUAAUUCUUCAACAGCCCCUCCUCGAUUCACAAGCAAGCCCCCACCACUCAUCUUCAUUAAGGAAGGCGGUAAUCUGACACUAAGUAUUUCCGUAUCUGGGAAUCCACAACCUAAAAUCACUUGGUCUGUACGUCUUAAAAUACACGAAAACGAAAGUAGAGUCAACAGUACUGGUGACGAGAAGUUUGAGUUAAAUUAUAUUCGGUUUGAAGACGAGGGAGUAAUCACAUGCCGCGCGGAGAAUGUGUUUGGUGUUCAAGAGACCGAAGUAGAACUUACAGUAUUAGGUAGGUUCUUAUUCAUUUUUAGCGGGGCUCCCGCGCGCGCGAAGCGCGCGUGGGACAGAGCCCCAUACCCAUGGAAUAUGGUCAACCUCUUUUCGUUUGGUUGUCACGUGAUUGACCGAGCGUACGUACGUACGUACGUACGUACGUACGUACGCGUCUACAGAUUGUAUGGGUGGGGUAGGGGAGACUAUCAAAAGGAAGGGAGGGGUGUCUCAGGCGUGUCUUGGCAAGCCCACAUCUUUAAUAUAGGACAUUAACAAUAUGGUCAAUUGACAGCUGUCCAAACAGGAUAGCCACUGACCAGUAUCCCAUGACCAUAUCGCGGGCUCAUGUGUCAACUCAUCGAGGUGACGUGAUUUAUUUGGAAGCUGUCCGCUGACCAGUUAACUGUUUUACUAGAUCGCGAACAACGUUCAAUCUCAUACUUUUACUAGUUUGGGAGCACAGGAAAACUGAUAAUGCACACAUAUUGGACAUCAAUGUUUUGAUCAAUUGACAGCUGUCAAAACAGAGUACCCGCUGACCAGUAUCACUUGACCGUAUCGCGGGCUCAGGUGUCGACCCGUCGAGGUCAAGUAUUUUUUGAAGUUAUCCGCUGACAAGUAAACUAGUUUUCAAGUGAUCGCAGGCUCAAGUUCAAUUUUUUUUUCUUAAUUCAUAUGAAAUAUGUUGUGUUUAUGUGCUGCACAAUUAAAAUUUUGAUUGCAAACUGACCUCGGACGUGAAAAUUCAGCCAGCUGUUACAGGCAGGGAAGACAGUUGCUUUUGUUUUUUCUCACAAUGGUCACGCGUUGGUCACGCUCUACGUCCAAUUUUUAUGCUCUGAUUGGUCAAAAUUUGACAUGUGAGUUCAUGCGCAAAAUUUAUGCACAUCUUGAAUCUUGUUUACUUUAACAGCUGAAGCUGACAGAGUUUUGUGUCAACUUGUGAUGUUUUUAACUGUCUUUGUCCACUGGAUGUACAAAAUGAAAUUCAGCUGCUAUCAGGAGUCUUCUGUUACUCAUGGCUAGUUUGUUUAUUGGGUUUUUGGUUGAGAAAACGUCGCUUGUCAAAGUCGGAAAUCCGAUUUCGGAUGGCAUCGUUUUCGUUUUCACCUUGCUUGAUGCGUAAGAGGAUUGCAAAGUCUGAAGCGAUACUGGCUUUACCUGAUAACUUUCAGGAGCUGCAUCUCGAAUGGUAAGCCAGAGAAAUUAUUGUAUUUCAUGUUUGUUUUUUGUAUCUAAUUUAAUGAAGUGGAGCGUAGUUUAUACGGGAAUUUAGUUUAUGCGCGUUAGUAAGUUUUGAGACAACGAUCUCACCGAGUAUCUGGUUUGAUAUAAUCUUACAGAACUUUAAAAAGCCUUUAGACAGUUUCUCACCGCAAAUAGAAAGAAAAUGUUCCAAAGAAUCUUUAGUUAUAAUUCUAGCCGGAAAAGAAAGCUUUGAGCGAUUUUCUUGCCUCGAGUUCGUCUUUGAAAAAACAAACACCGGGAGGCUGGCUUAAAACAUAAACUUCAGCAAACUUAAGCUUGAAGCUUGAAGACUCAGGAUAUUUAGGGACACUUUAAUACUUGUCUUCCUGAAUGAAAAUUGUUGUCUCUGUUUAUGUUUCACCGAAUUAUAUUUCUUUUAUUGAUUGUUGGUAGUCUCUCUUGCAAUUUUAAUCGCUAUGCCGAUUGUUUUCAGUCGUUCAGUGAACAUCGCUUGCAGGGGUUCUCAAAAUGCCGCGCGUUAAACCAUCAAAUAAAAAAUAAACAUGAUAAAUUCUUUAUUAUCCUGGAGCGUAACUCUGUUAAUGUUCAUUCAAACACUCGCUACAGCUCGCACUACAAAAGUGAGAACCGGAUGGCCGUAUAGGUGAUUUUGGAAAAUUUUUUUAACAGUUUAUGAAUAUUGAAUGAGAGCAAUUUGUAUUGUGAAAUACUGCUUUCUGUCCAUGGUAUAAAAGGUUGGUUUACACGCACCCAGAUUUGUUGGCAAGAUUUUGCAAAGUAAACUUGUCGAACGCCAAAACGUUGGCCUGAUUUUUUUUUCUAAGCCUAAUUGAUCUACGGUGAUCAAUAGCCAUUACGGCUCUUAAAUGUGAUAAAAGAUGAUUACCAGUUUUUGAGUGUACAUAUGAGGCUAUCAACUCGAUGUAAGAUUUGGUUCACUCUUGGGCUGUUUGCAAAUUAUUUUUCUCUAAAAUCAGGUAGCCUUUCCCUCAAAAGUCACAUAAAUGUGCUCUAAAGUUAACUGAAUUGUGGAAUUCGAAUACAAGUUUAUUGUUUAAUUUAAAUUAUAAAUUUACUAAUGGGAACCUCGCUUUUAGCCCUGGCUAAAUCUAUAUAUUAUUCUUUUUUCAAGCAGAAUGUGUCAUUUAAGUAAAAAGAACAUUCAGUUUCGCAGGCAGAGCUUUAGCUAGCGGGGGGGCAAGGAGGGCAGCUGCUCCAGCCCCCACUCCCCCCCCCAGGGCCUGUUGAGCCAGACAUUAAGUCUGUGGAUGGAUUUGUUUUCUUUAGAUUCUCAUAGUAACUUGCAAUUGUUUGCCAUUUUCACAUUCAGGAUCGACUUUUCGGAGACAUAUCUCGUGACAAGUGCUGAAAUAGCGUUUUGGAGCCUCCAAAUUUGAAAAUUUUCUGGGGGAGGAUACCCCAGACCCCCCUACAAGGCUUGUACCAUCGGCACUAUAGAUAAUGCCCCCGCGUUACAAAAAACCUAGCUACGGCCCUGGCAGGCUGAACGAAAACUCGUUAUUAUCUUAUUCUUUUACAUCUGUUGUGUUUGUUAUUAUUUAUAUUUUUAAAAUCAUUUCCUCUUUUGUCAUAAUUUUAAGUUUACUGUUGUUGCAUUUUUACCUUAUUUUAUAGUUUUUGUCCUUUUGCCAUUUUUAUUUUUUCAUAGUUCCAUUAGCCCGGGUGUUCUUAUUAAAUGAGUCCACCAUUGAAUCCGUCUAAGUUUUUAUAACAAUUUUUUGUUUAGCGACCUCUCUUGGCCUCUUUAGUUUUAAAUACUGUAGUUAUAUUGGCGUUUCAGGGGUCUCCCCCACUCGUCCCAACGGGCGAGACGAAGAGAACCUCUUUAUCGAGGUCGGUGUGUUUAGGAGUUUGGAGUAAAUAUGCGGUAUUCCUCUCUAUUGUUCUGUUCUGGAACCUUUCAGCAAAAUUCCAAAGAAAAUCCCUUCCAGAUAUUCUUGAAAUAAGUACGGUUGAAAAUGGUCAGAAUACUUCCUGGGAGGUUCAGGAGUCAGGUCGGAAGAAGACGUGACAAAAGUUUUGCCGAGCGCAAGACCGAAGCCACGGCGGGACCAAACUACCCCUCAAAGUAUAGAUAAAAUAAUGUUUAAUUAAGUGGACUAAAAAUUCAAUUAGUAGGGAAAAAAAUAAAACCUUUUUUUUAGAAAAAAUUCAAAUUUUGGGAAAAAAAUUUCUUUCAAAACUUGGUUGCCACGCUAACGUUGACGCACACGUCACGAAGACUUUAAAAUGUUUCCAGAUAAAUUUUAGUCGCCAAGUUUAGCGGUUGUAGCUUGAAAAUUUUUUCAGUAAUGGUCCAGUUAUAAUCAAAGAAAUCCUACGUGUGCAAGGAACAUGUGAAACUCUGAACUUCUUUUCUUGGCUAUUGUUUGAAACUGUUAUGAUUGGUUAGUAUCUUUAAUCACAAGGAAUGCACUUUUACAAUGAUUAGAGUUUAAAAAAAAAAAACAAUAUUCUAUUUCUCAAACUGUUGUUAUACAUUCUCUCUGUAAAAAUGUAUUGCACCAUAACAAAAGACCAUCAAUCCAUCAAGGAUCAUUAAUAGCAAUACUACAGUUUCAGUUAUUUUACUUUGCAGGUGCACCGAGAUUUUCCAAGUCUCCUCCAGGAGAAAUGACUGGUUUUUUGGGUAAAGAAACGAAGAUACGAUGUGAUUUCCUUGGAAACCCAACCCCUGAGGUAACAUGGACAAGGUCUCCUGCAAAACCUCUGCCUCAGGGGCGCAGUGAAGUGAAAAAAGACGGACUGUAUAUCAACAGCACUGAAGGAGAAGACGGAGGUGUUUACAGUUGCUUGGCAAGGAAUGAUUAUGGAAUUAAACUUCAUGGAACUUUUCUUAAAGUCAAAUCAGUAGGUAGGUAUAGCUAAGGAAGUUUGUUCAAUUAAUCCACUGCUUCAGCUCAGGCAAAAACAGUUUCCAGUAAAUCUGUUGUAACUUGUAGUUAGCUUUGAGAAAUCCGGUUUAUAUUCAGUACGCACUUCAGUAUGUAUACUUAACAGUUUAACGAGCGAUUGUCUUGUUCUGCACUGCUGUUUGCCUACUAUAUAUGAUACGUUCGGUAACGUAGUGGACGACGGCAGACUUUGCCAAAAACAACUUUGGAAAACUUUGCUCCAGGCGGCCAAAAAAAUUACCUGACCGCAGAAAACAACUUCUAUCGCGCGCGCUGAUUUCAAAUAAAUUUGUUUAAGCACAAGGAACGAAUUAUGGGAAUUGAGUUGUUAUCGACUUCUUCCUUCGGCAUUUUUCUGUUCUUCGCGGGCUUUCUUAUUCUCUGAAACAUAACCUCCGAGCGAUUACCUGUGUGCUAAUAACAGUGAUGGCAUUCCAUGUGUUGUCUUUGAAUUAGAGUGUUGUAUAGUAGUAUCUCUCCUGUCAGAAGGAAUUAGGUUCCAUACUUUUACCUCAGUUUUACCCUUAGUAGAAUGUCUAGUAUCCACUGGGUAUAUCGUAUCUGUCAAACUCUCUGCUUAUUUUUGUAUUUUUUGCAUUUUUUUUUCUUUUCUCUGGCUUUUCGCAUUGAUUUUGCAUUGUUUGUGUUAUUUCAAUCGCCUAAAGUACAAAAUUAAGGGUACCCGUGUUUUAACCCAUGUUUAACCCGAGGAUCAAAACAAAGACAUCAAAAACCCCGUCGCUUUUGUUUUGUCUUUGUUUUGUCAGCAUAAAAGUUAAUUUUAAAAUAGGUGGCGACAGACAUUAGUUUCAGUAUUAAAGAUUUGAAACAAGCUUGGUAGUCUUUUGUAAGUCGUUUUUAAAAUAAAACUUUGACUUGUUACUACGACAGCUAUGUUGUUUAAUUUUUGUUUGCGCGCAAUUUUUUUGAAUGGCAUGCGUUUUUAAUUGAAGACUAGAAGUAAAAUUAUCUUAACACUUUUUAUUCUGGACGACGACAGGACGAAAUUGAGGGAACUUAAUCUAGCAUAACCUGAGAAGAAACGUUCCGUAUGGUAAAUUCUAUCAAAAUAUCCCUUAUCCAAACCCUCUGCUCUUGUUAACAUGGCUGUACGUAAGUUUCGGCGCUCUGUUGCUUCGAACAUGACAGAGAAAUCCAGUCGUUAAAAACAAUAGAAUUUUGACAGAUGAAAGUAUUUUGCAUAACCUCAGUACGCAUGCUUUCCAGCUGAAAUAGCUACUUAACCCUCUACCCUAUUAGGUCACACACCAAAUCGAUUUCAGUCUUUUAAUAAUUUUGCAAUAUACUGAAUAUGCAUGCGUUCCUUAAUUGUUAUCUACUUUUUCUAGAUGGUAGAGUCACCCUCCUGGCCGGGCUAACUCUUCUUUGUACCAGUCGGGUAAACUCGGGUCAAGGCGAGAAAAUCAGAGCGUGCAAGAGCCGUGUUCGCGUGGGCAAAGGGCAAAUCAACUGUUUUCUCUUAACCUUCCUUUAACCCUAAGAGUGACCAGCAUCAAAUUACUCCUUCUAAUAUCAAUGCUUUGUAAAACAGGGUGGUCAUGAGAAUUACGGACAUGAUCACGCAGGAUGAAUUUGCUAGAUAUUUUAUCUACUUCUUCCACCUACUUUUGCAAGAAAUGAAUAGGGGUAUCAAAUGAGAAUUCAAAUUUUGAUCUUAUAGGAUUUAAGAGCCAUUAUCUGAGAAAAUCGAGAAUCGCACGACACUCGUCAAAAAAUCGAAUUUUUUUUUAUUUUGCCAAAACAUCCCUUUUAGUGACCUUAUUUAAGGAAAAAUAGUUUUGGGUUCAAACGAUUCAUUUUAAAGGAGAAAUUAGGAAAAGUUUGAAAAAUCGAUUUUAUGCUCGUUUUUCGCACAAAACACGGCAGGAUGCAAUGGCAACUUCGAGAGAAGGGUGAACGCGUAAGAAACAUUCCCUGACAUUGAAACUUCACCGAAUUAUUAUUUUGUUCUUACUCUUGAAAGUCCUAAAAGAAAAUUUGAUAAAAAAUGCUUUACAUUUUUAUAAUCGACAAGUGUAAAGAGGUCAUAUUUGUGACGUUAAACGGCUUGGAAACUAAAAUUUGAUAGCAUUUUGUUUUGAAUGAGGGUAUGGGCAUGAUUUUCAAUUGAACAUGCCUAGCGAGCGUAAAAAUUGCAUUCAGUCUGAGGAUUAAUGAGAGAGGGGAAAUUUUAUAUAUAUAGGCAUGACAAAAUUCAAGGGAACAUUGGUACUUAGAAAUAACAUCUCAUAGGCAUGGAAAAAAUGGGGUCAUGCCCUCGCAGCCUAAAAUUGACCCAGCUAAACUUAGGUCCCAGAUCUCUCGCCGGGUUGAUAAUUCAUUCCCAGUUUUUGCUCCUCUGGUAUGGCAUGCCGGGCAUAACACCGCGGCAAAACGUCUACGCAUGCGCCGGAUUGAGCAUUUCCGGUCUCUUUUUCAGUCACACUUUCCAGUCAAAGUCUCCCGCGCACUUCAUUCUGUGUGCAGCUUGUGGUUCAGUUGUUCUGCUUUAUGCUGCUCGUGUUUUUGACUAUUUUGUAGUUAUUGAAAUUGCUUUUAUGGAUAACCAGGCACAGAUCACUGAAACAAUUAGUCGAUUAGAUUCAGAAAAGGUAAGAUGAUAAUAACUCAGCGUGUAAUUUUGGCUAGAGCGUCAGGUAAACUGAUUUUCAUUCACGAAAAUAAAGUUUUUGACUGUUAUUUUUCACUUAACCUGGCUGAAACUAAGACAUAAAAUUAAAACGUUAUCGUUGCAAGCUUGUGUAUUGUAGUUCUAAUUUUUAGUUCUUCAGUUUCUCAGUCUACAUGUGUUAAAGCCGAUUCAAACUUUAUUUGGAAAACGACAACACACAAUCGCUUUGUAGUUUUGUUUACCAGUGGGUUUUACUGUGUUUUAAAACGAACUCUUCUGGGUUGAUUGCCAUGAAACAUAAGCUUAAUUAUACUGUUGAGCCGGUUGACAGCAAGUUGACAACUCUAUUUAUUUAUUUUUCCAUUCUCAGAAUCAGAGAGCGAAAGCUGGUUCAGUGGCUUUUAGAAGUCGAACUUUUCAUGCCAUGUAUUUAGCAGCUAGAAGUUUCGUGUUUGCAUGAGAUGCAGCCGAGCCGCACAGUCUGAAAUUAUUGAAGUCUUCAACAAAAGAACAACCAUGUAAAAGAAUUAAAUAGGCAUUUUCUUGAAUGAAAGUCAUUUAUAGGCAUGUUUGGUUUCCCGGUGACUGCAGUCAUCAACGUCAAAGUUGUUAUUAAAUCCCGCCCAUCUUUUGUUUUGAGUUCUUGUUUUCUCUGAUAAUAAAACAAAUUAUUGAACGGACUAAAAUUUUAUUUCCUGGUUUUAGUGUUUUUUAUGAUAAUGAUGACGUCUUUAUUUUGGUUUCUUUCAUAAGUAUUGUUAUUCUUUUCUUAGUUGUCGCCUUCUCCCAAAUUAACUUAUGCCAAACCGGUAGCAUGCAAGAAAGCCAAUAAAAACAAAUUCGUCUUGUCGAGCGCUCGCGACCUGCAAACUUCAAACAUCAUUUUCACCGUUGGUGCAAACAGAUAACCAUGUGGUGCAAAAGUUUGAGAAUAGAAAAAUAUAUAAGCUUUCGAAUGAAGUGAUUUUUUUGGCCCCCUUUUUUGUCUGUUUCGCCCUUUUUGCUUUUAAACUUGGCGCGACGGCAAAGUUAUGCUUACGCUAUUGGUUUUUAUACUAGACCGGAAAUAAAAAGUUGACCGGAUAUUAAAUUUUGUGCUCAUGCGCAUUGCGUUUUGCCGCGGUGUUGCCGGGCAUGCCGAUCGUGAAGCCACUUGGUUUGGCAUGCCGGGCAUGAAAUUGGCAUGCCCAGCGAGACUGAUUUUGAUGUUCGCUUCAGCAUCAUAUCCUGAGAAUCACAUAUAAUCGCCAAAUAUAUCUUAGGGAGCUUAAAGUUACAGGUUUCAUGCCUGGCAAUAAAUGCAGAUUAUAACAAAAAAAGUCAUGUUUGUCACAAUGUGUGUCACGGGAUCGACUGGCAAAACUGAAGACAGAAGCCUGGAUUUAUAAAUAAAAAGUUCAACAAAACAACAUUAUUCAUGCAUAAAAUAGAAUACAUAACUUGCAAUCAAAGAUUAAUCCUUUUAUUUCAAACCGAUAUUGACAUUUCUGGGUCCAGAUUUAAAUUUGAUCGCGGAAAAGCGUCUUAAACAAUAAGAUAACGAAUCUUCUCAGUAUAAACUUAUCCAUGCUUAAGUUUUAUCGCGUCCGAAAGUUUCCCGGUCAACAGCAUUAAAAGUCAAGACUGGUGAAAAUUAGGCUUACCAGGUCGUUCAAGUCAGUACGAGAGUACGACGUUAAUACUGCAAAGACGUUCUGCUUUGGUGAGUUUGGACUGCCUUCUCAGAGACAUUUUGCUUAGUUUUUCAGUUCGCUCCUUGUCGGCUAUGCGAAUCUCGCAAACUGUUUUACUCCUUGCUGACGAUAGUCCUUUGAGCAACGUCAUCUGCGUCAUCCGAAGAUACCCCGAGCACGCACGAAAUCCACCGAAUUUCCGCAGAAGUGUUUUCGGAUGACGAUGAAUCUAGUUUGUUGCAGCGUGGCAGUUGUGGCGUCACGAUGUCGUCAUGUCUCUUCGCACUUGUUUGUCUUUUUUUUCUGCGGUGCAUGGUUGAGAUGUUGGUGAAUGCUGGACAAGAAAUGGAUUCUGCGAGAGACUGUAAGUACAAAUUUAGUAUUAAUUUCGUAACGAAAAAGCCUGAAUAUCGAACAAAUUCCGUGAAUUAGCCUUUUGGCAUUCAGUUUAUCUUGCUGUUGAGCAUGCCUAAGAACUCCGGCAUAAGUGGUUGUCAACUCGUUCACUUCGGAUUGUUUCUGUUUGUAUGUCUUGUAAUCUUCUUCUGCUUUAAGAAGACUAGAGAAAACUUCAAAAAUAAGACGCCAAAGAUAAAAAAGUCAGAUCUAAUUUUAUAGCUCGAGUAUAAUUAUUUUUGUCACCUACGGUCAUAUUUUUUCACUGUACUGGUAAAGUUACUUAUUUUGCUGCAUAGUUUGACUGUUGUUUGAAAGACAAUCAAACGGAUAUUACAAUCACUUUUGGAGACAGAAUAAAAUAUCCGUAAAUCAAAUGCCAAAAUAAGAUUUGGAUUUCGCUUUAAAAAAAUGAACAUGCUGCAGGUGUCAAUGCAAAGUUGUGAACAACUCAAUAUUUAUAAGCAGUCUCGGUGAAUGUGCGUUUAGGUCCACAAAACUAAUUUUUUUUUUGGACAUCUCAUCCAAGCAAAGACUUAAGACUUACAUUGCUUGUCUACGAGUGUACUACAAAAUGCUUUGCUACAGUAAGCCUCUGAGAGGCGAUUCUGGUAAAUUUAUAGGGCGCUAAAAUGCAAAUAAUUCUAAGCUUAAACAACCUGGCUGGGUCCGACUUUUGAAUUACAAAAUGUUCACGUUUGCCGGCUCUACUUUAAAUGAACAUGGUUUUUGAAAUGAUUUUGUACUAUUUUAACCCGAAAAUUAUGAUUGGGUUAUAAAGCUUUUAAAACGGACGAAAACUAGGCUAAUAAUGAAACAUGUUCAACGUAAAAAACUAAGAUUUAGUCGCUUUUUCAACUUUGCUUUGUGGGCCGAAAAAUUUACCUUUACGCAAAAACAAAAGCAAACAAUGAGGCUUUUAUUCGACAUAUUUUCUGAGAAUUUUAUCUGAUCAAUUUAAUGUCACUAGCAUUGUUUUCGUAUAGGAUUUUCCUAAUUAUAUGAGCUUCUAAUUUAAUAAUUUUGAUACUCUAUAAACUUCUCAUUUGAUAGCUUCACUUUUUUAUACACCGAUUGAGAAACAAAUUCGCUCUCGUUAAAUCCUAUUUUAUGACCUGUUUAUUAGAACUCUAGGUAACAUACGAAAUGAUGUAACCGGACAGGCUUUAACCUUUGGUCCUAAUUUAUUUUUUCUUCACAACCCCUAAUCAGUUGACGGGCCGUGAGAGAAUAUCGCCACAAAAAGACGCGAAAAAGUUUUCGCUGAGUUUCCUUUACAUAUUCCGGCUUUAUAUGGGUCUACACCUUACCUGCUUAAAAAGGAAACUGUUGUUCAAUUAAGUGUCAGUCAAACUCGGUAUAAUCUUGGCUUGCAAAUCCAAAAAAAAGGUUUAUUUGGCAGUAGAAAAGCGUGUAAACAUCAUCAUAACAACGCAUUGUAAAUUGGCUAAUGUGAAACCACGUUUCUUUCACUUUAUUUACCAUGCAUUUAUCUCAAUUGCACACUCUUGUGAAAUCAGCCUCAAACAAUUAGUUGCGACCUUUAACAGACUCAACAAGCCAGUAUGAAAAUAUGUUAAGAGAAGCUGAGCUCUACAUGUUCUAUUUCUUUUUUUCAUAUUGCCCUUGCAUGUGUUAACAUUCCAUUUCUUUUAUGUUACAGGUAACUUCCAGACAUGACGAGGAGAUAAUUACUUUUCUAGAGAGCAAUUCUUUGACACUGUCAGUUAUUACUGACUUACUUUGAGUUAAAAACAAAGAACACAGACACUGUUAAUGACACAAAAACAUUAAUCCCUGGCAAGCCUACAAAACAAGAAAGAGGAACUCAGACUCCUUAUCAAAAUGUGAAACAAGAUAAAAACAGCUUUUCUAACGUAGGGAAAAUUGCGUUAGAGAGAUUUGUAAUUGCAACGUUAUAUUCAAGCACAUUGCAUUGUCAAACAUCAUAAUUUACUGAAUAAUGAACAGUGAUUUUGGGGCUUAGCUCAGUUUGUAAUGAACUUUGAAAGAUAUUCUAUAACCUUGUAUUUUUAAAAGCUUUCAUGGAACAUAGAUGCAUUUUAUUAUACAAUGAAAAUAGUCUCUGUCUCUCUUUUUACUGAUUUCAGUCAAUUCCAUUUUAUUCGCAAUGUGAAAUGGGAAUCCUAUUAAAGACUCAUUAAAAGGGGUGAGGAGUUUUUACAAUCCCCCAACAGGUCAUCUCCACGAUGACGCUGUUUUAUUACUACGGCAGAAUCCCUCAGGGUUUUACUUUCUUGUGAAAAUUAGAGCUUUUGUUAUUUAAACUUCGCUGGGACAACCAAAUCUAUGAAAAUGAAAAGACUAGCAAUGACGUCAUCGUGUAACCGUAUAUGAAAAGAUAAGCACUGUGAUCUGUUUAGUUUUUUUUUCUUUUAGCCAAGCUUAAAAUAUCUGUAGAUUCAAGGAAUUAUAACCUGAGCGUUGAGAGCAUGCCAGAGACCGAUUUUGGCAUGCCCGGCAUGACCCAGAUCAUGGCACGCCCGGCAUGCCAGAGAAUUUGGCAUGCCGGGCAUGUCAGAAAAUUUGGCAUGCCCGGCAUGCCGGAGAUUUUGCUGGGUAUGAAUUACUUAAUACUAGAACCUAGGCUUCUCGCGGCCUGGGUGAGAAGGUCACAGAACCUCAAAUUAUGCUUACAAGGCAUGCGAAAUUCUGUUGCAUGCCAAUUUCAAUGCAAAACCACUCUGGGGCCACCCCCUCUAUUACCAAUGAGCAAAUCAUUGACGAUAGGCAUGGGAAAAAUCCUUGCAUGCUAACCAACAUUGAAAACGUAGCAGAAAUAUCCUCAAUUGCUGAGUCAUGCCCUAGGCAACACCGCGGCAAAACGUCUACGCAUGCGCCAGGUUGAGCAUUUCCGGUCUCUUUUUCAGUCACACUUUCCAGUCAAAGUCUCCCGCGCGCUUCAUUCUGUGUGCAGCUUGUGGUUCAGUUGUUCUGCUUUAUGCUGCUCGUGUUUUUGACUAUUUUGUAGUUAUUGAAAUUGCUUUUAUGGAUAACCAGGCACAGAUCACUGAAACAAUUAGUCGAUUAGAUUCAGAAAAGGUAAGAUGAUAACUAGCGUGUAAUUUUGGCUAGAGCGUCGGGUAAACUGAUUUUCAUUCACGAAAAUAAAGUUUUUGACUGUUAUUUUUCACUUAACCUGGCUGAAACUAAGACAUAAAAUUAAAACGUUAUCGUUGCAAGCUUGUGUAUUGUAGUUCUGAUUUUCAGUUCUUCAGUUUCUCAGUCUACAUGUGUUAAAGCCGAUUCAAACUUUAUUUGGAAAACGACAACACACAAUCGCUUUGUAGUUUUGUUUACCAGUGGGUUUUACCGUGUUUUAAAACGAAACUCUUCUGGGUUGAUUGCCAUGAAACAUAAGCUUAAUUAUACUGUUGAGCCGGUUGGCAGCAAGUUGACAACUCUAUUUAUUUAUUUUUCCAUUCUCAGAAUCAGAGAGCGAAAGCUGGUUCAGUGGCUUUUAGAAGUCGAACUUUUCAUGCCAUGUAUUUAGCAGCUAGAAGUUUCGUGUUUGCAUGAGAUGCAGCCGAGCCGCACAGUCUGAAAUUAUUGAAGUCUUCAACAAAAGAGCAACCAUGUAAAAGAAUUAAAUAGGCAUUUUCUUGAAUGAAAGUCAUUUAUAGGCAUGUUUAGUUUCCCGGUGACUGCAGUCAUCAAAGUCAAAGUUUUUAUUAAAUCCUGCACAUCUUUUGUUUUGAGUUCUUGUUUUCUCUGAUAAUAAAACAAAUUAUUGAACGGACUAAAAUUUUAUUUCCUGGUUUUAGUGUUUUUUAUGAUAAUGAUGACGUCUUUAUUUUGGUUUCUUUCAUAAGUAUUGUUAUUCUUUUCUUAGUUAUCACCUUCUCCCAAAUUAACUUAUGCCAAACCAGUAGCAUGCAAGAAAGCCAGUAAAAACAAAUUCGUCUUGUCGAGCGCUCGCGACCUGCAAACUUCAAACAUCAUUUUCACCGUUGGUGCAAACAGAUAACCAUGUGGUGCAAAAGUUUGAGAAUAGAAAAAUAUAUAAGCUUUCGAAUGAAGUGAUUUUUUUGGCCCCCUUUUUUGUCUGUUUCGCCCUUUUUGCUUUUAAACUUGGCGCGACGGCAAAGUUAUGCUUCCGCUAUUGGUUUAUAUACUAGACCGGAAAUAAAAAGCUGACCGGAUAUUAAAUUUUGUGCUCAUGCGCAUUGCGUUUUGCCGCGGUGUUGCCCUAGGCGAGGCUUUAAAAUACAGAAUUUCCUGACAUGGAUGAGGGAAUUUUCCGUAAACAGCAUGUGAUCAUGCCGGCUAGGAUGUAUUGCCUCCGUAUUAAAUUGCCCCUUUUUACAGCUAGCUAGGCUCAUUUUUAGGUUCCAUGGCCUGAAAUGAAGGAAAAUUCAUGCCCUAAAUGUAAAAAGUCCACAAACGUCCUCGAAAUUUUAGUUUCCAAGCCGUUCGUUAGACGUGCUAGAAAAUGAAGGCCAACUUUGACUAUUAAAAAAGGCCUCUGGUAUAUGCCGCUUGAUCAUAAAAUCAAUAUAAAAUGGAACCUUGGCUUUUGUACUAACUUACUGGAAAGUUUUAGCUCUGGAAAUCAAAUAUCAUCCUGACACCAAAGCAAGCGGUGAGAGCAAUUGAAUUGGGAAAUUUAUGCAAAUUAGACGGCUUGCGGACGGUUGUCAAACUAAAAAGAAGGUUUUAGAUGAAAGGAUUACUCACCAUUGCUUGUAACACGUUUUUACGGCAAGGAAAGUUAUUUCCAACUUCUUUUGCGUCGUUUUGAGUCACAAAAUAAAUAAUUUUUAGCCAAAAGACAAACGUACGUUUGCUAAGCAACUGCGUCCGAAUCCGGCCGUGAAUCGAAAGUCCCAACGCGUCGAAGCAAGAGUUGCAAGAGUUUUUACUUCAGUCAGGAGGCAAAUGGAAUAAAAACUCAUCGCAAACUAUAAAUGACUUCGAUUUUGAAAACCUUUCAUCACUUCAAUCGUUCGUCGGCUGAUAAUAAACAUCGCACAAGAUCGUAUGACCUUUGGCGUGUGACCGGAAAUUGGUCACACGCUUCAGUCACGUCAGCAUGCUGUCACGAAAUUUUCGUAGCUGUUGUCAGCAAUUUUAAUACAGUUUUCACAUUUUUUGACAAGAACUCCCCUCAUCGCAGUAGAAACAGCCAUGCAUAUUUAUUUUUCUUUUAUUUACCUACUAGGCUUGGAAACAGCUUUUUUGCCUUCGAAGUACUAAACAGGAGGGGUACCUCGGAUUCCAAGUGUCGUGAGUGACCCGUGGAAGCGAAAAUCAAAACCAAAAAAGAACGAAUAUUUUGAAUACUUAAGUAAAGCCACAGCUAAAAAAAAAAAUUUUUUUGUUCAAAAUAUUUUCAAACCAAGAAAAAAACAUACUUCGAUCAUCCCCGUGACUUGAAUCUGGCCAGGGUACCCCCCCCCUCCCCUCCUCCCCCCUAUGCCGGGUCAAAAUACUAAGUUCCCCGGCCAAAUGUCCCAUAGUCAAGGGAGUAUACUCUCUUGCUGUAGUAAAGAACUUGCAGAAUAAUACCAAUUCUCCGUGACCAACGGAUUCAACGCUAUAGUUUACUUUGGUUUUCGCUAUUUGCUCACGAUCAGGAGCCUAUAACCCCAACCGCGACCAAAUUAUGAAACCUGUUAUUACCAGAAAAAAAAAAAACACAAAGAAACAGUCAGUCAGAUAGACAGUACAUAAUAAAAAAGACCUCGAUUAAGAUUUAAAAAAAUCAAUACAUGACACUGUCGAAUACGAAAACCCAGAAACCAUUUUGUGGAAAAAACGUUCGUAUACAGCUAUCAGCUGCUUUUGUCCACAACUCGCCGGUAGAGGUGCGCAGAAACUAGUGAUUGUGAAAUGGCUUCAAACUAUGAUCCUAUACUGUUGGAAUAUUACUUAUCACAGAUAGCUACAUCUGAUUUCUUCUAGCAGACACAAUCCUCUUGGUUCGUGUGGACAAAGUAGCUCAUCCCGGCUAUUUGCACCAUGCUACCAUAGUCUCCCUAGAUUCCCAAGCCUCGCACGCAGACUUUCCUGUCCCACGAACGUUGGGUAGGAUUAUAGGACGAGCCAAAAGAAAGUGAAGACUAUAGGCUCUCGCGAUGAUGCAAGGAAGGUCGAGUAUUAUAUUCCCCUAUCCUGGUCGCCCAGGGUAAGUCUUCGGAGGAGAGUGACUUAGGGGCCGUAUGUUCGAAAAGUUGACUAACGCCCCCGGGACUAACGCUUUCCCCUGGAUAAAUCUAUAUCCAAUAAGUAACGCAAUUGCUUCUUCUUGUUCGCUUGAUAGUGAUUUCCUGUUGUUCAACGUUUGAACAACAGGGCCCUAAGUAUUGUGUUUCGCCUUGCACUAAAAACCCAUAAACCUUAUAAAUUUCACUAUGGGACUUCAGCACCUCCCUUGAAUGAUCCAUUUCGCUAAACGGGACCUCAAAACAACGAUUCUGUGCAUCCUAAGGGAGUGUAUACUAUACGUUCCUGACUCUCGUCACUCACAGUGAGGUGAUGGUGGCUCAUACUCUAAUAGACCUAACACAGUCGAACCUCCAUGUGCGCCGCCAAUCCAAAAGACCAAAUUUUCCCAUUCAAAGCCUUAUAUUUGGAACCUCCAGUAAACGACCUUCUGUAAGUGACUGCGACCACUUUUUGGGCGUCACGGUUAAUUGUUUUCCAUAAGCGACCAGUUGACGCAUUCUCUGAUCUCUAUUUUUGCUGUGUGCACUAUGUUCCUUGGAAAAUAUAAAGACCUUUAGUGACAUCGUGGAACUACACAUAUCCUAACUUAGUAGAUGUAGCCAACAAAGUGAAGAUUCUGUUGUGAUUCUAGACUAUUCUAUAUCUCACUCACCUGAAUCCCUCUUUAAAUUGAGCAUGAUUUAAAAGCUGUAUUUUUCAAAAGAGGUAAAAGAUAAUAUUUUGCCAGGAAUUUGUUACACCGCCAUUUAAUAGAAAGUGCCCGGACCUCUUCUCGGAAUAGACCCCAUGUGGUCCGAUUCUUCUAAACGGCCACCUCCCGUUAGAGACCAUUAAGUCUUUGCAUUUUUGGUGGUCGCCUACUGGAGGUACGACUAUAUUACUUUGACCUAUCAGAGGCUUACCGAUAAUAAAGGGGAUCUGGAAGGGGGCAUGGAUGCGACAAUCACAUGCGAGGUCGCUUACUUAAAAUAGUGGACAUCUAACUGACAAUCAAAGUUUGUGCUUAUUAUUGGGGUUAUCUGGUGUUUACUCACCUGCCAAGCUACCCUGGGCAAGCCAACUUUUCAUCCAUUUCCUUACAAAACUUGGUAAACCAUUUACAUGAGAAACAAAAGGUUGGUUCGGAUAGACGCCUUACUACCAGUAUUGGGCGGGGUUGAGGGCUUCCGGAAGUCAGCCCUCCACUGAGCCGGUAGUGGUGGCCUCACCCUUCUAGCCCGGCUAAUAUUUCUUCAGCUAGCUGGGACAACACGGUCAAGGCUAGACAAAGACAGCAUGCGCAAGCACUGUUGACUCGGACAAAGUGGUCAGUUUUUUCCUCAUACAAACGCUCGCAAAAGUUGGCUCGGCUGGGAGGUUGACCUUCUCUCCGGCACAGCUUUUCUCCAUCCAUGGGUUCCAAACAGUCUUUUAGCAGUCACGUUUGAAAUUUAUAGGAAAAUGAUGUAGCACUUCAAAAAAUAAUAAUAAAAAAAAUACACUUUUUUCACAGCCUGUCAAUGCCUAGAAGGUGUCUAUAAAAGAAAUCAACUGCAGAACAGGAGUCAAUUUCAGUUUUUUGCGCUUUUCAUGCUAGCACUGCGAAGCGGACUGGGGGUGCGAGACACGCGCGAUGCAUGGGGAACAAGUUCUGCAGGCUAUAAAAGAAAUUAAAAAAGAAACAAACAAAUAAAGCAGGCCUGAUUUUAUUUCGAUGAGUCUAUUUUUUGUCGAAAGCAAACGUGAAAAAUCGUAUUAAAAUUCGUGACAGUAUGCUAACGUGACAUAAGUAUGUGACCGAUUUCCGGUCACACGCCAAAGGUCAUACGAUCUUGUGCGAUGUUUAAUAUCAGCCGACGAACGAUUGAAGUGAUGAAAGGUUUUCAAAAUCGAAGUCAUUAGUUUGCGAUGAAUUUUCAAUCUUUUGGCCUCCUGACUGAAGUAAAAACUCUUGCAACUCUUGCUUCCAAAGGACCGCAGUGACGUGUUGUGACUUUAUUUCGAUUCGCGGCCGGAUUCUGGCGCAGUCGCUGAGCAAACGUACGUUUGUCUUUUGGACCUUUUGGCUUAAAAUUAUGGAUUUUGUGACUCAAAUCGACGCAACAGAAGUUGGAAAUAACUUUCCUUGCCGUAAAAACGUGUUACAAGCAAUGGUGAGUAAUCCUUUCAUGUAAAACCUUUCUUUUAGUUUGACAACCGUCCGCAAGCCGUCUAAUUUGCAUAAAUUUCCCAAUUCAAUUGCUCUCACCGCUUGCUUUGGUGUCAGGAUGGUAUUUGAUUUCCAGAGCUAAAACUUUCCAGUAAGCUAGUACAAAAGCCAAGGUUCCAUUUUAUA